AUGUUUAGCAAGGUCGCCUACUUCUCUUACGUGGUGAGCAGAUCCGCUGAUUACUGCCGUACCUCACCCAGUUCCUCCCAGGGCUGCCCUCUUCUCUGUAAGGUGGCUCUCGGUAAAACUCACGACUGUUUCACUGCCAGUACCUCUCGAUGCCUCAGGCAAAUUGAUGGUUGCAGAGUUCAAGAGGUGUGA